AAAUAAGAUAACUAAGCGCUGCAGUCACGAUCGCCAAUAUUCCGAGACCGAGAGACCAAAGCAAUCGGGAGCCUAGCCCAAAGCAUUCGAUGCGGAUCUGGGGACCUGGCUCCAUAUAUCACAGGGGCAGAACCCCACUACCCACGCCAAUGGAAUACCAAUUAGAAGAAAACACGCUAUCCUAGGCACCCAAAAGUGACAUAUGUAUGUGAAUAUGUACAUAAGUCGGAUGCGAGAAUAAAUAGAGAUUUGAUGGAGCUGGCUCUGAAUAAACCAUCGUCCUGCGUGGACUGCUGCAAGGACUGCACUCUGCUGCCCUGCUGUUCUGCCUCCGCGUGCUGCGACGCCAACUGUGAUGCCGCCUGCGGGUUAAUACCGCCCGAUCCAGUCAGAUAUGAGUACCAGGAACCCGAGGAGAACUUCAUAUCCAUAGAUGACGCGAAAAUCAAGAGUUUCCUUUGGCAAAUCGGUCAGCAGCAGAGGGAAAAGGAGUUGGAAAUCAAAAGGAUCAAGGAACAGAAGAAAAGAGAUCAGGAAAGACGGGAGGCCGAAAAGCGAAGAGACCAAGAGGUUAUCGAAUUGGACGAGGAGGAGGCUCAAUCUCCACGUGGUCUGAUAAUCAGCGCAGCUAGGAGUCUAGCCCAUUGGAAUUCAUCCAUUAGGAGGGUAACUCCAGAUAUCGAACUGAUUCCCAGACAGGUGCACAGGGUUGUCGCAGAAAUCGAACUGAGUGAUAGUGAUCACGAUGAAGACAGCGAAGUAGAGGAGGAUGUAAGUCUUCCAUCAAACGCUGUAACCUGCGUCCUGAAUGAGCAGAGACAGGAGGAAACCCAGAACCAGAUACCACAGGAACUGGUGAUCAUCGUGCCCUCCGACCAGGAGGAGGAACAGAAGACAGGCAAUGUCAUCAAGAGGAAAUCUUCCGGCUCGAGGAGAUUAGUGAAGAGGCGUCCAGGUGCCAACAGAAGGGGGAGGCAUAUGUACGAAUGUCCUGACUGCGGGAAGAAAGUGCAAUCUAAUUACAAUCUAAGACGUCAUAUGAUGAUCCACACAGGUGAAAGACCAUUCCCAUGUGAUCUGUGUGAGCGACGUUUUCGUGAGUUCAGCGACCUUAAAAAGCAUCGACGAAGACACUCGCACGAUCCACAAUUCAUUUGCAUGAUCUGCCACUUGGGAGCACCUUUGGAGCAGGACUCUACAAGGUGUGCGGAUUGUGAAAGCAAGAAUCUUAUGGUAAAACCUCAACCGGAGGAACUGGGCGAUAAAACAGCGGAGGAACAUUCGGAUGAGAUGGAAGAGGAGGAUGACGAAAUAGAGCAAGCGCCACUAGAAGCAGAGAAGCAGCCACAAAUAGCAGCACAACCCAGUUUAAUGGUUACUUUAAUUCCACCUACUCAAUCUCCUCCGGAAAAGGUUCCUUCACAAACGCAGCCAAGUCGCCCACCACUUCCUCGCAGCUGCAGCAGUGCCAACUCCUCAUCUUCCUUGAGCAACGAUGGAAAUGUAGCUGGAAAGUCCAUGAGUCGCACUCGCAGAUCUUAUCCAUGUCCUUUGUGUCAUCGUCCCUUCGGAACUCGUCAUAAUCUUAAACGCCACUAUAUGAUCCAUACUGGCGAGAAACCAUUUAGCUGCUCAAAAUGCAGGAAACCCUUCCGGGAGUGCUCCACGCUCAAGAAACACAUGGUCACCCAUGUUAGGGAUCGCUGGUACAAGUGCCUGAGGUGUCCCUCCAAAUUCAGGGACUAUCUGGAGUACUCGGAUCACAAGAACAAUCAUCAGGAUCAGCUGAGUAGUCGGAAAUCGUCCAUUUACGAGAGCGACGAUGAUGGCGACAGUUCUGUGGAAGAUUGCCUUGAAUGCUGCGAGUGCCAGCAACGAUUCACCGAGUUGGAUGCUUAUACGGCCCAUCUUAAAAAGCACGACUUGGAGUUGUACGGAAUGAGCAUUGAUGAUGUGGUGGACGAGGAGCAGGAUGACGUAGAUGUGGCGUAGAACCAGAAAUUAAUAUAUACUGAUCGGGAGUUGCAAACUCUCGGUGAUUCUUUUAAUGCAUAAAGAGGAUUGAAAAUCCCAUAUCCCAUAUAAAUUAGCUAUUAAGGAUCAUUUAAACAUUCCUUAUUAAUAUAUUUAUAUCUUUUUAAAGUGUUUGUUCACUAUCAAUUUAUUCAUUUAUAUCCUUUUUAAGCAUAAUACACUAUUAAAAUGUAAAAUGUAACGUGCGCCAUAAUCCAAGAACUGAAUGAUGACCUACAAAAAAAUCCUAAAGAUGUACUUAUUUAUAAAUAUGAUAUUUUUAUUAAAAAAUAAACGAGUUAAGUGCACAAGAGUCGGUGAAAUAUACAGAAGCAAGUCGUCAACCUGCCGGGGGUCGAACAAUUACAAAGAUUGAGCUAAAAUCGAUUUAUGUAAACGUUAACUACAAAAAUAAAUAGUAAAAAGCGUAAGCGUAGGAAAAAA